GUAUAGAUUUUUGUCUCUCUCUUCUUAACUCAAUAAACAAUAGUCUAGUUUCUUCUCAUGAAGAUAUGAUAAAAACAUUUUUUGACUAUUUUCAAUAUUUUAGAUCAUGGUUGAGUAAUCAAUCAUUAAAUAUCACUUCAAAAUCAGUUAUAUCCACUCGAAUGGGAUAUCCAAGUUCACAACUAGGCCUUACUAUUCUAUCAGGAGAUCCAUCUUCUCAACGUAUCGGUAAUGAUAAUGCUAAUUUUAUAUUACAAAAUAUGGCUUUUAAAGCGUUUUUUCAACCUAUGGAUCAAGUAAAUGAAACAUUUAAAGAAAUCAUUAUAUUUCGAUGA